AUGGGAGACUGGGUUACUUUACUUCGAGUGGCGACAACUAUCGCACAGUGUGAAAUGAUCCUGAGCCCUUGCCCCGAUAUCAUCAAAGUUCACAGGAACAAGACAACAGGCGAAGUGGCGGCUCUCCCUCUGGUCUCGAUGGUCGUCAACAACUACUUAUGGACGGUGUACGCUUACAGGACCGACAGCAUUUUCCCGCUCCUGGUCACGCAAGUGAUCGGCCAAAUGGCGUCAAUUGUCUUCAUGGUAUUCUACUACCGCUGGGCUGUCGAUCGUCGUGCUGUAAACAGACUUUUAGCAAGUGGUGUGGCAUUCUCUAUGCUCUUCACUGUGUACGUGGUUCUAGGAGUCACAGGAAGCACACACCAGACCGAUGAUGAAGUGGGUACAACGUUGGGUUACGUGGGGCUAGUGGUGAAUCUGUGGAUCAGUGCUGCAUCCUUGCCGAUCAAUAUCAGCGUUAUGAUGCUCUUCAGCACGUCACUUUGGGUUGCGCUAUCGAUCGUGGACGACGACAAGAUCAUCAUGUCUCUUAAUAUCACCGGAGUCUUUCUGAGCGUCACACAGAUCUCCGUGUACAUCUACUACCGCCCGAACAAGUCGAUCGUUGCUAGUGAAGACGCGUCUGUACCUAUGGAUAAGCGCAUUUUACUUGUCAUCUCGACUUCGAACACCACCCAAGCAGUCAAAAGUCCAAUCUAUCAGUCUAUCGCAUCCCCCUCGAAAAGACCCGUCUUUGAGGAUAGGAUAAAUGACAAAUGA